AUAUAUCAGCCUGAAGACAGAGCGAGGGUUUUAGUUCAGCAGGCCAAGAGUGACGGAGUACGUGAUCUGGUGCCACAGCAUCAAGAUUGCAGAACGUUCUGGACUGGAGUGAGGGUGAGAUGGGGAAGGCAGUGACGGCGGCAGCGUUGCUGAGCUCUAACGUACUUUUGCUCCUUCUACAAUCCCAGCUGAGCACAUGUACCCAAAGUCUCACCUGCGUCAAUGACUACAUCAACAACAUCACCUGCGUUUGGAACAGCUCAAAGACACAGCCCGGCGUGCCCUGCACCCUCAGCGGUACCAAGGCAGAGAAGACAAGGACCUGUGCCCUGAAGCCGCUGCAUGGAGCGAAUGGCAUUUUGCAAAGGUGCCACCUUGUUUUUGAGCAAAACAGUUUCAUUGCGCUGGACAAGAUACCCCUUAGUGUCAAGUGUGGGAACUCUACUGUUGCUGUUUGGAAAGACUACAUGCCAAGUAACAACAUCAAAAUGCAUCCGCCUAACAAAAUUGUUGUCAACCUGGCCAACGUUUCAUGGAGUCCCGGCACACCUCUUUCGCAAAGAAUUUUCUCGUACCAUUUCCAGUUUCAGUUUAAGCUGCAGACCCAACAAUGGGAGGAUGUUCAGCAGAUCAAUGUCCAGAACAAACAGCAGUGGUUAAAGCUGAAUGAGGACAACCUUGAUAAAGGAGCGACCUAUGAGGCCCGUGUUCGAGUCAAACCAGAUGUACAUCUUGUGGGAGAGUGGAGUGACUGGAGCCCAGUUGCUACUUGGAGAUCUGAGGUUGGAGAACCACUCAGAGCGAAAGAGGCAAAGAGAGAGCCUUUAGGGGACAGUUUGGACUCGGUGGCCCUUACUGUGGUAACAGUGACUGGCGUCGUAUGCUUGGCGCUGCUGGUCCUGGUCUGCACCAUCUUUCGGGACAAAUGGGUUGACAAGGUCAAAUUCCAGCACAUUCCAGAUCCCUCCAAGUACUUUGACAAUCUCACCUCGAUGCACGGAGGAAACUUCCAGGCAUGGCUGAAAUCCACGUACGCCCCGCAUUCCUUUGACAUCCGCCAGUUUUCCGAGGACAUCUCCUCGGUGGAGGUCUCCGCGGUUAAGGACACGGCCCCGCUGACCUGCCUCGAUUACAGCAGUCUCGCCGAGCACUGGGACAGCAGCGGCCAGUCCUUCUACUCCAACAUGGGCUACUUCUACUCGCGGUACCCCGGCUCCUACGAGAUUGAGCCCUGCUCUCUAUACUUCAGCUACCAGCCUGGGGAGGGGCUCUCCGGAAGGGAGAAAGACACGCAGAGCACGGUGAACCCGGGCCCCCUCCAGUCCAGCUCCUCCUACGAACGCCUCGAGCAGCUCAGAGAAGCCGGCGGGCAGCCGCAGGCAUCUGAUUCCGGUUUCGGGACACUGAAGGACGUUCAGGAGGAGACGGGGGAGGAGGCUGAGGCAAAGGAAGAGGAAGAGGGUCGUCUGAAGGAUUCUGCCGAUCGCAGCCCCUCUGCCCCUGCGCUGUCGUAUCCAACGCCUUUCCAGAUGCCACCUUUCCUGCCCCACUACCCCCAGGCCCUUAACAACUUCCCACAGUUUCUCCUCCCUCUCCCAAGGUUUGGCUUGAACAUAGAGAGCUGUGCUCCCGCUCCCUUGGAACAGCCUGGGGUCCCACCUGGUAGGUCUGCCUCGGUAAAGUUAGAGCCCUCCAGUGGUGGGUACAUGUCACUACAGGACAUGCCUGGCAACGGCGGCAACAAGUCCAUCUGAGGGCCUGCGGACACAAAGUCGUUUUGGCCAGGCAGCUGUGACGCCACCAUAGGGGAAGUCUGUGAACAAGCUACUUCAGCCGUCUCAAGGAAACCCAAGGCUGAAAACUGCUCAAAUUGGGCAACUUUGUCAUCGGACAUUUGUAAUAGCUGUGAAAGCUGCAUCGAAAAUGGAAAAGUGAUCAAGGCUUACAAGGACUCCUCGCCUCCUUCCAUGUUCAUUAGAUGACACACACACA